AUGGCAGACACGGUGAGACAACCUAUCGACAUUGUGCGGCUAAGCACGCACAUCAAGCAAAAUGUGGCCCAAAUUGCUCUUCCAAUCAGUCUGAAGCAGUUUGGCCAUGGACAGUCUAACCCAACGUACGAGAUCACGUCGGCGACAGGAGCGAAAUUCGUCUUGAGAAAGAAGCCACCGGGCGAGCUGCUGUCCAAAAGCGCACAUGCUAUUGAGCGAGAGUAUGAGAUUAUCAAAGCCCUCGAGACUACCAAUGUCCCUGUUCCCAAGGUGUAUUGUCUCUGCAACGACAGUUCCAUUGUUGGCACGCCAUUCUACGUGAUGGAAUUCCUCGAUGGCAGAAUUUUCGAGGAGGCAUGGCUUCCCGGUAUCCCUCAGCAAGACCGCAGUGCAAUCUGGAAGGAGGCCGUUGACACGUUGGCCAAGCUUCAUUCGGUUGACCUGUCCCAGAUUGGUCUGGGCACCUGGAAGAAGUCUACGAGCUUUUAUUCCCGCCAGGUAAAGUCAUUGUCUCGGACAUCUGAAUCCCAGGCGAGCACAACAAGUCCAUCGGGCAAACAGGCUGUUGGGAAGCUGCCCCAUUAUGAAGAGAUGGUCAGCUUCUUUGCAGACAGAAACUCGCACCCUCCAGACAUACGAAGACUGGUGCACGGAGACUUCAAACUCGACAACCUGGUCUUUCACAAGACAGAACCCAGAGUGAUUGGGAUUCUAGAUUGGGAGAUGGCGACAGAAGGCCAUCCGCUGUCGGAUCUGGUCAACUUACUCAUGCCGUUCAGCUGGAACCCGCAGCAAGUGUCAUUCCUGACAUCCGAGACAUUGACUGCAGAGCUGAAGGAGCUGCAAGAGAACUUCCGGCCGAACAAUGUCCCCGGGAUUCCCAGCAUGAAGCAGUGCCUGACGUGGUACUGGGGCGGCGUUGACUGGGCCGCGACCGGCUUUCUGGACUGGGGCGUAGCAUUUAGCAACUUCCGGACAGCUGUGAUUAUGCAGGGAAUCGCGGCCCGGAUUGUGAGAGGCCAGGCGAGCGGUGCCAAGGCGAGACAGUUUGCUCAGCAAACACUGGCGUAUGCCUCGUGGGCGUACGCGCGAGUCGCGAGACUGCAGCAGGAGAAGCGAGUACUGAGCAAGAUUUAG